AACGUCAACAAUCUGCUCUCUUUCCUUACUUUCUUCUCCGACGGAUUCGACGACGGAGUCAUCUCCAACACCGACGACGUCCAAAACCGGUUGCUGAACUUCAAACGUAACGGCGAUAAAGCUCUGUCGGAUUUCAUCGAAGCUAAUCGGAAAUGGUGGACUCUCCCGUGACUUGCUUGAUCUACACGAUUCUUCCCAACUGGGCUCCAAAAGUGGCGCGUAGAUUUCACCUUCCCUCUGUUCUUCUCUGGAUCCAACCAGCCUUCGUUUUCGACAUUUAUUACAAUUACUCUACAGUAAACAACUCUGUUUUCGAGUUCCCGAAUCUUCCUUCUCUCGCAAUCCGCGAUCUUCCUUCUUUCCUCUCACCUUCCAACACGAACAAAGCCGCACAAGCAGUAUAUCUAGAACUGGUGGAGUUUCUCAAAGAAGAAUCUAACCCGAAAAUUCUGGUCAACACAUUCGAUUCGCUGGAGCCAGAGUUCUUAACAGCUAUUCCGAAUGUAGAAAUGGUGGCAGUUGGUCCUUUACUUCCUGCGGAGAUUUUCACUGGAAGCGAACCAGGUAAAGAUAUAUCAAGAGAUCAAAGUAGUAGUUAUACACUUUGGUUAGACUCGAAAACAGAGUCCUCUGUUAUUUAUGUUUCUUUUGGAACAAUGAGAAGCAAAAUCGAAGGAGAAGAAGAGACAGAGAUUGAAAAGAUAGCAAGUUUCAGACACGAGCUUGAAGAGGUUGGGAUGAUUGUGUCGUGGUGUUCGCAGAUAGAGGUUUUGAGACACCGAGCCGUAGGUUGUUUUGUGACUCAUUGUGGGUGGAGCUCAUCGCUGGAGAGUUUGGUUCUCGGCGUUCCAGUGGUGGCGUUUCCGAUGUGGUCGGAUCAACCUGCGAAUGCGAAGCUUUUGGAAGAAAUAUGGAAGACAGGUGUGAGGGUGAGAGAGAACUCAGAAGGUUUAGUGGAGAGAGGAGAGAUAAAGCGGUGUUUGGAAGCAGUGAUGGAGGAGAAAUCUGAGGAGCUGAAGGAAAACGCAGAGAAAUGGAAGCGUUUAGCGAUUGAAGCGGGUGGAGAAGGAGGAACUUCGGACAAGAACGUGGAGGCUUUUGUGAAGACUCUCUGUUUUGAGGUUGUAUAAAACAGAGGAGGGUAAAGCAAUGCUCACAACGUGUCUGCACAGAUUCAUGUUGUAGGUGAUUCAUGUAUAGUUGGAGUUUACAAAUUAUGCAUCUUCUUUGAUUCAAUAAACUUGUAUGUACAAAUUACUAUUAAAAAAUGUUAUUGUGA